AUGAGAAGUGCUGGGGAGAGCGCGAACCAGUUUGCAUUUGCAAGUGUCAUCAGAGCUUGUGCGGUUCUUGGGUCGGUUGAGACUGGGAGGCAGCUGCAUUCUCUUGCUUUGAAAUUGGGCUUGGCUUGUGAGCUGUUUGUGGGUAGUAACUUGGCGGAUAUGUAUUCGAAUUGUGGGUUCAUGGUUGAGGCUUGUAAGGUUUUCGAGGCAAUGGCGAGUAAGGAUGCUGUGUCGUGGACUUCGAUGAUUGAUGGGUAUGCAAAGAGUUGGGAUUUUGAGUCAGCUUUACUGAGUUAUCAGAGGAUGAUUAAUGAUGGGAUUGGAGUAGAUAAAUAUGUUGUUUCUAGUGCAUUGAGUGCUUGUUCUGCACCGAAGGCUUGUCAGUUUGGAAAGUGUGUUCAUUCGACGGUUGUGAAGUUAGGAUUGGAAGUAGAGGUUGCUGUGGGAAAUGCUCUGGUUGAUAUGUACUCGAAAUCAGGUGAUAUGGAGAGUGCUUUAAAUGUGUUUCGGGUUGACCCUGAGAGUAGAAAUAUUGUGUCGUAUUCCUCUCUGAUCAAUGGUUAUGUCGAGAUGGAUGAAAUCGAGAAGGCUUUUAGUGUGUUUGUUGACUUACAGAGGGGGAGAGUUGAGCCUAAUCAGUUCACUUUCUCUAGCUUGAUCAAGGCUUGUGCCAACCAAGCUGCACUUGAACAAGGGAUCCAACUUCAUGCUCAGGUGGUCAAGUUUAACUUUGAUAGAGACAGUUUUGUGUCUUCUGUUCUAGUUGAUAUGUAUCGAACUUUUUCAUUGAACAUUAUCCGUCCAGUUCUUAUCUCAAUCAAAAUGACUUCAACUAGAUGA